GGGCGCCGGCGCCCGGCCUGCCGCCACCGUCGCCCCCGCCCGGCCUGCCGCCGCCCCACGGUUUACCUGUAGAGACUUCUCCAGAAGAGCAGACGGCCUCCUGUGAAGGUUCAAAUGCUGCUGUUAACAUGGAAAUUUCAGAAUCUGUUGUGGAAAAUGGAGAGACAGAGAUGUCCCCAGAAGAGUCAUGGGAUCAUAAAGAAGAAACAAGUGAAGCAGAGCAAGGAAGUGGUCCAGUAGUGGAUGCAGGACCUUCAGAAGAAGGCACUCAGGAAAUGAUGGAAGAGGAGGAGGAAAUACCAAAACCGAAAUCUGUGGUAGCACCACCAGGUGCUCCUAAAAAAGAGCAUGUAAAUGUAGUAUUCAUUGGGCAUGUCGAUGCUGGCAAGUCAACUAUUGGAGGACAAAUAAUGUAUUUGACAGGAAUGGUUGAUAAAAGAACACUUGAAAAAUAUGAAAGAGAAGCUAAAGAAAAAAACAGAGAAACCUGGUACCUUUCAUGGGCCCUAGACACAAACCAAGAAGAACGUGACAAAGGUAAAACAGUAGAAGUAGGUCGUGCCUACUUUGAAACUGAGAAGAAACACUUCACUAUUCUAGAUGCUCCUGGGCAUAAGAGCUUUGUUCCAAAUAUGAUUGGUGGAGCUUCUCAAGCUGAUCUUGCAGUGCUGGUUAUUUCUGCAAGAAAAGGAGAGUUUGAAACUGGAUUUGAAAAAGGUGGACAGACGAGAGAACAUGCCAUGUUAGCAAAAACAGCAGGUGUAAAACAUUUAAUAGUUCUUAUUAAUAAAAUGGAUGAUCCAACUGUAAACUGGAGUAAUGAAAGAUACGAGGAAUGUAAAGAGAAACUGGUUCCAUUUUUGAAGAAAGUUGGCUUUAAUCCCAAGAAAGAUAUUCAUUUCAUGCCCUGCUCAGGACUCACUGGAGCAAAUCUUAAGGAACAGUCUGAAUUCUGUCCUUGGUAUAUUGGAUUACCAUUUAUUCCAUAUCUGGAUAACUUGCCAAACUUCAACCGUUCAGCUGACGGACCAAUCAGGCUGCCAAUUGUGGAUAAAUAUAAGGAUAUGGGCACUGUGGUCCUUGGAAAGCUGGAAUCAGGCUCAAUUUGCAAAGGACAACAGCUUGUGAUGAUGCCAAACAAGCACAACGUGGAAGUUCUUGGAAUCCUUUCUGAUGAUGUAGAAACUGAUUCAGUAGCCCCAGGUGAAAAUUUAAAGAUCAGACUGAAGGGAAUUGAAGAGGAAGAGAUCCUGCCAGGAUUUAUUCUCUGUGAUUCCAACAACCUGUGUCAUUCUGGACGCACGUUUGAUGCCCAGAUAGUGAUAAUUGAGCACAAAUCCAUUAUCUGCCCAGGUUACAAUGCUGUGCUGCACAUCCACACCUGUAUUGAAGAAGUUGAGAUAACAGCCUUAAUCUGCUUGGUGGACAAAAAAACAGGAGAAAAAAGUAAGACACGGCCUCGCUUUGUGAAACAAGAUCAAGUAUGCAUUGCUCGUUUAAGGACAGCAGGAACUAUCUGCCUUGAGACAUUCAAAGAUUUCCCUCAGAUGGGUCGCUUUACCUUAAGAGAUGAGGGUAAGACCAUUGCAAUUGGAAAAGUUCUGAAACUGGUUCCAGAGAAGGACUAAGCAUUUUUCUCAAUGACCCCCGCGUAAUACUGUGAGGAAAACCGACUCUGCAGAAGCCUACUUCACUCCGCCUUCUUAUUUUCUGCCCAUUAAUUAACUUCUCCCCAUAUUUUGCAAAGACAAAUUUCACAGCAAAGGUCCACAUUAUGUCAGCUUUCUCAUAUUGAGAGCUCUGCUAUGCCACUGAAUUUCCCCCCAAAAUUUUUUUUCUCCCAAAUUCUGCUUCCUUGGAAAGAUUCGGCAAUAGCUUUGUAGUCAUGUGGACAUAAUUGCCUAUAAUUACGAAAUUCUAAUGGAUUUUUAAUGUUUAAUUUCCCCUGACAUAUAGAGACUUUUUUUUUUCAAGGCAGAUAAUUCAGAGUGUGCGAGUGUGUGUGCACAUGUUACAAAGAUGACUACCAUGUUAAUAAAAACUAUUCAAUUUGAAAUCUUUUUCAGUAUUUGAAUUGCUUUUGAAUAAUGUUUUUUAUCCAAACAAUUGCAUUAGCUUUUUAACUGUCCAGUAACCAGAUAUUUGGAUACUUGGAUUUUUCUAAACUUCUCAGCCUCCCCACAUGCACGGUUUUAAAUGAGGCAAUUAGGCACUCAACUAAGUUUGUAAUUAGAUAAUUCCUUUUGCCCCUUUCCUUCGCUCAGUGCAUCUUUAAAAUUAAAAACAUUUGUGCUAAUGUGGCACUUUCACUAGUUUUACAUUUAUUAAUAUUUUCAGCAAAUUUAGGUAGACUUAACAUCACUAUAAGACACAGUCAAUUUUGCAGACUAGAACUACACAUUGUCUUUAUAAAAAUCCAGCAUUUUAAAAUUCUUAUCUGCAGAGAAUUCCAACAACCGGUAAAUCAGUGAAACUGCAAAAACAAAAAUUGGUGGCAGUAGUGCCUACUAAUAUUUGUAAGAGCUGCAUUUUGUGGGAGAACUGGGUCAAUUAAAAUGUGCCAGUUAUGUAAGUUAUUCAGUUUGUCCUGCCUUUAAUUUACAGGGCUUGGAUAAUCCUUGCUGUUUGAAAGUUCUGAGGGAGAAAGACUAUUUAAAUCCCCAAGAGUUUGCACAUAUUGAAAUAUAGGAGGAUCAGAAUCAAUCAUAGACUGUAAACUUUUGCAUAUCAAAAAGCAAUGUAAGGACAGGUGACCUUUUUCUUGGGAAGUGAGAAGUGAAACUGGUUCAGCGUAAAUCUUACUCUCAGUACAACUUGAAGGAGCUGCAGAAUUAAACCCUAUUUAGCUGCACUUUUAAGGUGGACUGUCUACAAUUGCGAUCCUGAUUCUAAUGAUCAGGAUGAAGGCUUUUUUUUUUUUUUUUUUUUUUUUAAUUUU